AUGACGGACGAGGAUCAGAGGGCCCUGGCGGUCCAAACGGUUGCGGCCGUUUUCAUGCCAAUAGCAACCAUAGCGGUCAUGCUGCGGUGCUAUGUAAGAGGAUGGAUCGUGAAAGGGUUUGGUGUCGAUGAUGGCGCAAUGGUGUUCGCAUGUUUAUUCUACAUCAUGUUUUCUGCUUGCAUGAUUGGCGGCACUUUGUACGGCACUGGCCGGAAAUUCGAACACCUUGAAGCGCACCAACGGGUGACAGCGAUGAAGUACUGGUGGCUCUGCGAAACUGCUUAUUGCUUUGCCUCCAUCGGAUGCAAAAUCUCCAUCAGCGUUUUCCUUAUGCGAAUUACCGUCAAACGAUCACACAUUUGGACCCUCUAUAUAGUCAUGAUCCUCACGGUCAUUGCUGGACUUGUGUUCUUCUUCCUCAUGCUCUUACAGUGCAAGCCGCUGUCGUACUUCUGGACUCGAACCGCCAUGGAUCCCUCGAUUGAAGGUUCCUGCAUCAGUAUCAACAUCAUCAUUAUCAUGACAUACAUAUACAGUGCAUUUGCCGCGCUUUGCGAUUUCACCGUUGGAAUCUUGCCGAUUUUCCUCGUCUCCAAGUUGCACAUGAAGCGAGAGGCGAAGUUGGCCGUCAUCGGCAUUCUGAGCAUGGCUUGCGUUGCCUCUUCGGCUGUCAUCAUCCGUUUCCCCUUUGUGAAAACAUUUGCCGAUGAAGAUUUCCUCUAUGCAACUUACCAAAUCGCUAUCUGGUCCAACAUCGAGGCUGGACUGGGUAUUACCGCCGGUAGUCUCGCCACGCUCCGUCCCUUGCUCCGACAAUGGCUUGGCUCUCGAAACGACUCAAGAUAUCCUUCUGGGUUUCCCAACUCUGGGCGCUUAGGCGCAAACAGUAACUCGCGACCGAUGCCACUUGGAUCAAUGGAUGGAUCUAGGCAAAAGGGAUUGCGACCGGACAAGUUGGCUGUCAUGGUGACGAACAUUGAAAGCCAGGGAGAUACAGAGUUGACAUGGGGAGGCUCGACCAGCCCCAGCAGCAGUGAAGAAAGGCUCACUACUGAACCCCCAAUCCCAGCUUCAAGGAAGAUGGAUAUUGGCAUCCAUCAAACCUUCGAAGUCACACAAACUACACAUGGCUAUGAUACGGAGGGCUCUCAUCGCAUGGCGAGGGAACAUGUAUAG